CAUUUUUGCGAUGUUGCCAAAUAAGUUGACCCCACGGUCCUUUUGACAUUCCUCGUGCUAUACGCUUGAUCUUUUUGUGUUUUUCAGACUUUCAUUAAAUUAUGGUGAGACAAAAGUGUUUUUUGUGCAAGGUUGAUGCUGGGAAUGCCUGAAGGGAUAUCUUUUCACAGACUACUCGCAAAUGAAAAGCAGAGAGAGAAAUGGAUAUCUUUCUUGGAACUUACCGAGCUAGAACCUCAAUCCCACUAAGUGGUUAUAAUAUGCUCAAAGCAUUUUUUCCACAAGAUUUCAUUACUGAUGCUAGUGGAAGAACUUGGCUAAAACCUGGUGCUGUUCCAAAACCCAUUUGGCCAGUUGUUUCCUCUCAGUGUACAUCAUCGUCAAGUGUUGAUAUUUCCCCAAAAGAAGUUUCUGUGAUGCCAAAAUGUAUUGCAAGCUCCCUAGAUGUGACUGGCAGCUCCAUAAGAAGCUCUUUAUCCAGAAUUAAUACUGAUGAAAUUUUCAAUGUGAAAGAUUCACCAUCAUCAAGUUCUUCUAAAACUUGGAGUGCCUCACCUGCAACUGUGACAGCCUCAGAAAAGGGUUAUGAAUCAGAUGUGUUUACUGAAUCUGUUCAGCAAAAAAGAAAAGAAAGUGGAAGAGGUAUGUGGGAGACUUGACCAGUAGCGACUUUUCAACACCUGAGAAGAGGAAACGGAAUUUUCGUCUCAUGAAAGACACUAUUUUGAGACAGAGGAAGUUACUGCAAAACAAACAACGUUUGAUCCGAUAUUUCAAAAAUAGAACCCAAACACAGCAAUUCCUUGAUAUGCUAAAUCAAAGGUUUAAUAUGAAUGCUUCAACUGAAAGUGAACUCAAGGUAAGGGAAAACAAACAAAAACCACAAUAGGACAGUUAAGUAACAACAAAAGAACCUGAAACUUCCUGAAAGAGGAAAAAUACAAAUAAAUUGACCUAGCCUAGAACCAGUCACGAAACAAUAUGACAGUUCACCAUAUAGAAACAAUGGGUGAUAUCCAAUUUAUUUAUAUUUUCCCGUGUAUUUAAGGUUUUUCUUUCUCACUUAACUGUUUAUGGUGCUUAAAACACUGGAAUAAUUCGAGUCACCUCAAUUUUUAAGUUAUUUA